UAGACCGGAGUGUGGAGCUGUAAAAUCCGAGUUUAGUUGGAGCAAGUGAAGGCACCAGCUGGUCCAGUACUGAGGGCAGCGGCUCCGGAUCAUCAGAGCGGGACUGAGCGGUGGGGGACUGAUCCGCAGCAGGAGGAGCAGGAGACGGGAGGAAGACUCGGAUAACUUCCACCUCCACACUAAUCCAGCCAGGAGAUGAAAUCUUUCUUUUAACGCGUGGAAACUUCUCUCCGGCCCAAAGAUGACUGUGGAUUUUGAAGACUGCAUUAAAGAUUCACCCCGGUUCAGGGCAAAUAUUGAUGAGGUGGAGACAGAGGUUGUGGAGAUUGAGGCGAAACUAGAUAAGCUGGUGAAGCUAUGCAGUGGAAUGAUCGAAGCGGGGAAGGCGUACGCCAGCGCCAACAAGCUCUUUGUCAGUGGCAUCCGGGAUUUGUCUCAGCAGUGCAAGAAGGACGAGAUGAUCUCGGAGUGUCUGGAAAAAUGUGGGGAAAGCCUCCAGGAGAUCAUAAAUUACCACAUGAUUCUGUUUGAUCAAGCCCAGCGGUCCGUCAAGCAGCAGUUGCACAACUUUGUGAAAGAGGAUGUUCGGAAGUUCAAGGAGACCAAGAAGCACUUUGACAGGGUUCGUGAAGACUUGGAAAUAGCGCAGGUGAAGAACGCUCAGGCGCCCAGGAACAAGCCCCAUGAGGUUGAAGAGGCCACUGGCACACUCAGCAUCACCCGCAAGUGCUUCCGACACCUCGCCCUGGACUAUGUACUGCAGAUCAAUGUCCUUCAAGCGAAAAAGAAGUUUGAGAUCCUAGACGCUAUGCUGUCAUUCAUGCACGCCCAGUACUCGCUGUUCCAGCAGGGCUACAACCUGCUGGAUGAGAUCGACCCGUACAUGAAGAAACUGGCUGCUGAGCUCGAUCAGCUGGUGAUUGAUUCAGCCAUGGAGAAGAGGGAAAUGGAGCACAAACAUGCAACCAUUCAGCAGAGGACCCUCAUGCAGGACUUUGCAUAUGACGACUCUAAGGUGGAGUUCAACGUGGAUGCUCCCAAUGGUGUGGUGAUGGAGGGCUACUUGUUCAAGAGGGCCAGUAAUGCUUUUAAAACCUGGAACAGACGGUGGUUCUCCAUACAGAACAGUCAGCUGGUCUAUCAGAAGAAGCUCAAGGAUUCUCUGACGGUGGUGGUGGAGGACCUCAGACUAUGCUCUGUUAAACCAUGUGAGGACAUUGAGAGGAGGUUCUGCUUUGAGGUCGUCUCCCCCUCCAAGAGCUGUAUGCUUCAGGCUGAGUCUGAGAAGCUAAGACAAGCGUGGAUUCAAGCAGUUCAAGCUAGCAUUGCUUCAGCUUACAGAGAGAGCCCAGACACCUACUAUAUAGAGCAUCUGGACAGAACAGCCUCUCCAUCCACCAGCAGCAUCGACUCAGCCAGUGAGCCACGGGAGCGCAGUGCCCGAGGGGAGACCAUCCUCCAACGCAUCCAGUGUCUGCCGGGAAACGAGCAGUGCUGCGACUGUGGUCAGGCAGACCCUCGCUGGGCCUCAAUCAACUUGGGCAUCCUGCUGUGCAUCGAGUGCUCCGGCAUCCACAGGAGUCUUGGAGUUCACUGUUCGAAGGUGCGCUCGCUCACGCUGGACUCAUGGGAGCCAGAAUUAUUAAAGUUAAUGUGUGAGCUUGGAAACAGUGUCAUCAACCACAUCUAUGAAGGCUCAUACCAAGAACAAGGUCUGAAGAAACCACUGCCUUCCAGUUCAAGGCAAGAAAAGGAGGCGUGGAUUAAGGCAAAGUACGUAGAGAAGAAAUUCCUCAAGAAACUAGGCUCCACAGAGAUACUCAUCAACGGAGAGAGGAAGUCGGAGCGGCGGUGGAGCGUGAAGAAGUGUCGGAGACACAACAGCGCCACCACGGUGCCGAAGACACGGAGAAGAUACCGUCAAGAGCCUGGAAGCACCUCCCCUUCUACACUCUCCUCAGCAGCUGCUAAGUUCAGACGAGAAUCUCUGUUCUGUCCUGAUGAGCUGGACUCUCUGUUUUCCUACUUUGACACGGGAUCUGGGCCUCGAAGUCCGGCAGGUCUGAGCAGUGAUAGCGGUCUGGGAGGCAGCACCGACGGCAGCACAGACAUCCUGGUGUUUGGCUCAGUGGUGAACAGCGUCACAGAGGAGGAAUGUGAGGUGUCCGAGGACUCGAGUGGCGAAGCGGAACUGGAGGUAGAGCCAGAGACGUCAGACCCAGAGGACACGAGGGACCUUCACCCUGGAGCGCUGCUCUACAAAGCGUCUAAAGCCCGCAACCUGCCGGUCAUGGCUGAAGCGUUAGCUCAUGGCGCUGAUGUUAAUUUGGUCAACGAUGAGGACGAAGGAAAGACGCCCCUCAUACAGGCUGUGAUCGGGGGCUCAUUGAUCGCCUGCGAGUUCCUGCUCCAGAACGCUGCUGACGUCAACCAAAGAGACGCGAGGGGGAGGGGUCCACUGUAUCAUGCCACAAGUCUGGGACACACAGGGCAGGUGUGUUUAUUCCUCAAAAGAGGUGCUACACAGAACGAUGGCGACGAAGACGGCCAGGACCCUUUGAGUAUAGCCGUACAGCAAGCCAACGCGGAUAUAGUCACACUGCUCCGUCUCGCCAGGAUGAAUGAGGAGAUGCGGGAGUCAGAGGGACCCUUCGGACAGCCAGGUCAAUACCCAACCAGCAGCCCCACUGAGCAGCAGUAUAAGAAAUGCAUUCAGGAGUUUAUCUGUCUCAACAUAGCGGACUGCUAAUCACGUCCAGUCAGGAGACGCCACGUACCUCGACAUCUUCAGAGAAUUUUCCCACAUGGCAUCCCACAACCCAGAGAAGCUGAAACGAAGGAGCCUGCACUUCCGACACUCCUUCAGGUAGUCCUCCGAGCAUCCGGAGAGGAGGAAGGAGGAAUACUUGAAGUGCAACUCUCCAUACAUUAGUCACAGCUGGAGUUAGUUUAAUGGCAAGUGAUCCUUGAGGAGAAGGCCUGAUACUGUUAAAUAAAUCAAAAUGUACUACCUGGUUUGCUUUAUUCCACAAACGUACAAGAGUCAUAUUUAAAGUGCAUUAAAGCAAAGAAAAGAAGCUUAGGAUAGCUGCAUUGUAUCUCAGAUUUAAACUUUUAUUUUGAUAGGAUUGUGUUCUGUGAGGAUCUGCGGGUCUUUUCCUCUUAAAUGCGUGUAUAAAUACAACAUUGCCUUUGUGCAUUGAUAGAUAAGCACUUGUUUCUUCAUUCAUUUAUACGCUGCCAUCCUUCCAUCCAAGGAAUUUCAUCAACACUUUAUAUAGAUGUUGUUUCUCCUGCAUGCAUGUACUCCAUUAUAUUUCAUACUCAAACUUGAAUUCUGCUAUGGAUAAAAAAAGAAGUGCCGUAAUAUCAUUAUUGUCGUCUUGAAGCUGCAGUCUGAUUUUAUUUUGCAUGGACUAUGCUGGUGUAGUCUUCGUGAUAAUUUGUUAAAAUGUACUUUUGCAGUACCACUAUGAAAUACAGGGCUUCUGUUUCUGUAAACAUGCUGUAGAGGUAAAGAUGCUAAUAUAUCAGAAUGAUGAAAGCUGGAUGGGAAUAAACAGUGUCUGUGUUUGACUGA